UCCAACACUCAAUGCCUUCCUCAAGUGUUUCGGCCGCUACAAAGACGCCUUUUCCGGUUUCCCUUUCAUAAGUUGCAUCCAGUUACAGCACAUUGACAUCAACGUUAUGAAAACCUUUGUCAGUCCAGGAAAUGCUGUAUGCUGCAGCUUACUGUCUUUCUGUGGUAUCAUAUUUCUUGUUCUUUUAGGAAUGGCUUUUGAUGCCAAAGUUGAAGUGUUGACAGAGACUAUUAACGAUCCAGAUGACCCGCAUGUCACAGCAAAGGCUUGUUUCAGUGCCGCUAUCGUCUAUGCUUGUUUUCUUGGUUUUUGCGGGUGUCAGAUGUUGGUACACAAAUACAAUUCUCGCAAUCAGAUUCAUUUAUAAACCGACAUACGUUUUUCAGAGUAGAUGUCAAAUAUUAUUUUCCACUUAUUAUCUUGCCAACCUUUUGAUAUCCACCGAACAAUACACACACAUACAUAAAAGAUACUCUCUUGAAUAAAAGAAAUAAAAGCAGAAAGCAAGACUCUCGACACGCCAUUGUUUCAAACUAAACGGGAGGAAUGGUCAUGCAAU